CUGAGUCCUCCCGCUCAUGUCAAAAUUCCUCAUUUUAUAUUUAGUAUUGUUUGCUUGUGGAUCUUCCGCAAGGACAUCCUUCAAAUUCCCGGUGUAUCAAUAUAAACGCAAAGCUACAAACGAACAGUUGUUUCAGAAAGUUACAUCAGACUGUAAUGAUAUCUGCUCACUUCACAACAGUGGUUCACUGGAACAUACGAAAUGUAUUCGACUUUGCAUAAGCGAAACUUGCUACAAAUCAUUGUAUGGCUUUGAUGAGCUAGAAGAGGGUGAAAUCGACGUCAGGUUUUCUUCAUUCAAAGGUUGUGUCCUGCAAAAACUGAAAGAGAAAGGUUUCCGUGUAAUCUAAAAACAUGGACAGCAAGCCUGUGUCAAUAGUUUCAACUUCACCUACUUCCUCUAAUUCCACGGUCAACUCUCAAGAUGUAUUCACUCAACUGGUUCCAGUGCUCACUCAGUGUUUCGGUGUAAUUCUCCUUGGUUACAUUGCCGGACGUUUCAAGGUUUUUUCUGAAUCACAGGCUAAGGGACUUAACUUCUAUGUCACUAGGUUCGCUUUACCCACUGUAUUUUUUCGCG